AUGCCUAUAUGUUUGGUUGCCUCGUGUACGACGGAUGGUCCAAUCAUGUUUGAUAUCGCCGAUUGCGAAUCACAGUAUAACGUUGUUGGUCCAUCUUGUUUGAAACCUAACUCUCCAAGUAGAUCGCGCAGAAACAAUAAUUCUCGCGAUGCUGAUUCGGCAGCAGUGUAUUCGGCUUCCAUAGUAGAUACGGCCACACACGUCUGUUUUGAUGACCUCCACGAUACAAGUGCAUUGCCUACAUAA